CCUUCUCUCGUGCAGUGAGCUCUUACCAAACUCCCUACACUCCCCUCCCUAUAUUACCCUUUCGUUUUCUCCCUCUCUUUUCACCUCCUUUUCUUGCUCUUCUUCUUCCAUUUGAGUUUUAAUCUUUCUCUUUCCCUCCCUUCUCCUUCUUUUUGAUUUCCUCAGAUGGGUAUGCAGUUGUAGAGCACACUUUCGUUUCAACUGCUACACAGAACACACACAGCUCAAACACACUCACAGAGGGAGAGAAACACAGAAGAGAAAGGAGUUUCUUCUGGGUUGCUCUGCGAAUCUACAAUGUCGGAUUGCAAGGAGGAAGACCCUCGUAUCCAUGGCAUCAGAAAAAGAAUCCGGGUCGUACCCAAUUUCCCCAAACCAGGUAUCAUGUUUCAGGACAUCACGACCCUGCUUCUUGAUCCUAAGGCGUUCAAGAACACAGUAGAUUUGUUCGUCGAGAGGUACAAAGGGAAAAAUAUAUCGGUCGUUGCAGGGAUUGAAGCUCGUGGGUUCAUUUUCGGUCCUCCCAUUGCAUUGGCUAUUGGAGCGAAGUUUGUUCCUUUACGGAAACCUAGGAAGUUGCCCGGUGAAGUUAUUUCAGAAGAAUAUGUCUUGGAAUAUGGAACGGAUUGCCUACAAAUGCAUAUUGGAGCAGUUGAACCAGGUGAACGUGCUUUGGUAGUUGAUGAUUUGAUAGCCACUGGAGGUACAGUUUGUGCUGCAAUGAAGUUACUUGAGCGUGUUGGGGCAGAAGUGAUUGAAUGUGCAUGCGUAAUUGAACUACCAGAUCUAAAGGGCCGUGAGCGACUGAAGGGAAAGCCAUUGUUUACCCUUUUGGAAUCUCACUGAUGGUGGCAACAGGGUUGCAGUGCUGCUCCGGGUGAAUGGUUGCUCAUACUGUACAUUGGGGGGGGGGAUAUUAUUGGUGGAAUCCAUUGCCGGCUUUGAAUAUUGUUUCCAGUUUUCCUUUUUGGACAUUAAUAGGUUGUUUUGAACUAAUUGAUGCAUCUUUUUAUCUAAAAAAAAAAAAAAGGUUUGUAGGUUACUUUAAUGGUUCAGAAAGGCCUCUUCUUUCCCUUAAA